AUGAUGUCUGCCUCCGACGCCUCGCCACAGGUGUCCAGCUCGGGUCCCUCCUCGCUGACCACCCACCCGGGCCUACAGGACGAGACCGAGUUCGAGCUGGUGACGGGGUGGGCCGACAGCUGGACUGAGACCGUCAGCGUGCUGCCCUCGGACACGCUGGAGCGCCUGUUCGCGGUCACCAACGCGCGGCCCCACUGCUUGGCCGAAGUGCGGGUGGCGCCGUCGGUCGAGACCCGGCGGCUCAAGCUGCACACCAGGCUACCUCACCCGCGGCCCGACGCUACGUUGGCCGAGAACGGCCUCAAACAGGGCCAUGUCCUUCGAUGGACGCCUGGCGCAAGGAAAGAUUGA